AUGACCACAGCGUCUGCUAAACCCCAGCCAUUAUCACACACUUUCCCCACUUACCAUCAUGAAGAACCUCCACUCAUCCGCAACAAUCAGUGUCAGAGCUUCAUAAAUGUCACAACUGGAAUCAGAUUGGUCAAUGGAAGCUCUUGUUCUGGACGAGUGGAGGUUCUUCACAAUGGAACAUGGGGAACAGUGUGUGAUGAUGGCUGGGAUCUGACAGACGCUGCAGUGGUGUGUAGAGAGAUGGGAUGUGGGGAUGUGAUCGAAGCAAAGAGCGAUGCUUAUUUUGGACAAGGAUCAGGCCAAAUAUGGCUGGAUAAUGUAAACUGCACUGGCACGGAGUCGUCACUGAAGAACUGCAGGGCAAAUGAAUGGGGAAAACAUAACUGUGAACAUCAUGAAGAUGCUGGAGUCAUCUGCAGCAGUGAGUUUCCAGAUGAAAUCAGACUGAUGAAUGGCACUUACUCAUGUUCGGGAAGAGUGGAGGUUCUUCACAAUGGAGCAUGGGGAACAGUGUGUGAUGAUGGCUGGGAUCUGACAGACGCUGCAGUGGUGUGUAGAGAGAUGGGAUGUGGGGAUGUGAUCGAGGCAAAGAGGAAUGCUUCUUUUGGACAAGGAUCAGGCCAAAUAUGGCUGGAUAAUGUAAACUGCACUGGCACGGAGUCGUCACUGAAGAACUGCAGGGCAAAUGAAUGGGGAAAACAUAACUGUGAACAUCAUGAAGAUGCUGGAGUCAUCUGCAAGACUGUCAGGUUGGUGAAUGGCACUGACUCUUGUUCUGGAAGAGUGGAGGUUCUUUAUAAUGGAACAUGGGGAACAGUGUGUGAUGAUGGCUGGGAUCUGACAGACGCUUCAGUGGUGUGUAGAGAGAUGGGAUGUGGGGAUGUGAUCGAGGCGAAGAGCACUGCUUCUUUUGGCCAAGGAUCAGGAACGAUAUGGAUGGAUGAUGUACAAUGUGCUGGGAAUGAAUCUACACUGAAAAGCUGCUCUUCAAAUGGAUGGGGAAUACACAACUGUAGCCAUCAAAAAGAUGCUGGAGUCAUCUGCCAGUUAACUGUCAGGUUGGUAAAUGGUGACAACUCCUGUUCUGGACGAGUGGAGCUUCUUUGUGACGGUCAGUGGAAAACAGUGUGUGAUGAUGGCUGGGAUCAAUCAGAUGCUAUGGUGGUGUGUAGAGAACUGGGCUGUGGGAGUGUCGUAGGGCCAAGUCGUGCUUAUUUUGGCCAGGAAUCAGGACCAGUGUGGAUGAAUACUGUACAAUGUAAUGGGACAGAAUCUACUUUGAAGAGCUGCAUAUCACAUGAAAUUACCUCCUGUAGUAGUAAUAAAGGUGCUGGAGUCAUCUGUCAGCCUCCUAUUACAGUCAACAGCAGUCUUUCAUGUUCGGGAAGAGUGGAGGUUCGCCACAAUGGAAUCUGGGGAACAGUGUGUGAUGAUGGCUGGGAUCUGACAGAUGCUGCAGUGGUGUGUAGAGAGAUGGGAUGUGGGAAUGUGACCGAAGCAAAGAGUGCAGCUUAUUUUGGACAAGGAUCAGGACCAGUAUGGAUGAGAAAUGUGAGAUGUAAUGGAACAGAGUCUACACUGAAGAACUGUGUUUUAAGUGGAAGAUUUCAACAAAACUGCAGCCAUGAAAAAGAUGCUGGUGUUAUCUGUGAACACAGCUAUACCUUUAUCAAUGAUUCAAAAAGCUGGAUUGAUGCAUUGGGAUAUUGCAGAACUCACUACCAGACACUGGCGCACAUUUUAAAUGCCACGGCACAGAAGUACAUCACACAGAUGCUGCAGGAUAAAGCAAUCACUGAUGGAGUGUGGAUCGGGCUUGAGCGGAGUAUGCUCUUCAGCUGUUCGCCCUGGCUGUGGACCAGUGGGCCGUAUGUGGAGUAUGCACCGUGGCAUCAAGAGUUUCCAAAGGACCCAGCGAGCAUGUUUUGUGGAAAACUUCUCAAGGAAGAACAGAAAGGGUUUGGAUGGACGGAUGCUUGCUGCCAUGAGCGUCUGCCUUUCAUCUGUCAGGGAUGA